AUGUGCAGAAGAGGGGGUUCUGCAUUUUCAUCUUCUUCCACUGCCGAACAAGUUACUCGAGGAAUCGAUGCCACUUCCCUCACUGCUAUUGUUACAGGGGCAAGCAGUGGUAUUGGUGCUGAGACUACUCGUGUUCUUGCUAUGCGUGGUGUUCAUGUGAUUAUGGGGGUGAGAAAUAUGGUGACUGCAAAAGAUGUUAGAGAAGAAAUACUUAAGGAGAUUCCUUCAGCUAAAGUUGAUGCCAUGGAAUUAGACCUAAGCUCAUUGGCAUCUAUUAGAAAAUUUGCAUCAGAGUUCAUUUCAUCUGGUCUUCCAUUAAACAUUCUGAUAAACAAUGCAGGUAUAUUUGGAACCCCUUUCAUGCUGUCUAAGGACAACAUUGAGCUGCAAUUUGCCACAAAUCACAUAGGGCAUUUUCUUUUAACAAAUCUUCUGUUGGAUACUAUGAAGAAAACAACACUUGAAAGUAAGAAAGAAGGAAGAAUUAUUAAUGUCUCCUCUGCUGGUCAUCGAUGCAGCUAUCGUGCAGGAAUCCGUUUUGAUAAAAUUAAUGAUAAAUCAAG